AUGGCCAAGCCGCGGCUCAUCAUCCUCAUCCGGCACGCCCAGUCCGAGGGCAACAAGAACCGCGAGAUCCACCAGACGGUGCCGGACCACCGCGUCAAGCUCACCCCCGACGGCUGGGCGCAGGCCCGCGACGCCGGCCGCCGCCUGCGCGCCCUCCUCCGCCCCGACGACUCGCUCCAGAUCUUCACGUCGCCGUACCGCCGCACGCGCGAGACCACCGAGGGCAUCCUGGCCACCCUGACGGCCGACCAGCCCCAGCCGUCGCCCCUGCGCCGCGACCGCGUCAAGGUCUACGAGGAGCCGCGCCUGCGCGAGCAGGACUUUGGCAACUUCCAGCCCUGCAGCGCCGAGAUGGAGCGCAUGUGGCAGGAGAGGGCCGACUACGGCCACUUCUUCUACCGCAUCCCCAACGGCGAGAGCGCCGCCGACGCCUACGACCGCGUGAGCGGCUUCAACGAGAGCCUGUGGCGCCAGUUUGGCGACGACGACUUUGCCAGCGUCUGCGUGCUAGUCACCCACGGCCUCAUGUCGCGCGUCUUCCUCAUGAAGUGGUACCACUUCACCGUCGAGUACUUUGAGGACCUCCGCAACGUCGACCACUGCGAGUUUCUCCUCAUGCGCAAGCAGGACAACGGCAAGUACCUGCUCGAGACGAAGCUGCGCACCUGGACCGAGCUGCGGCGGGAGCGCGCCCUCGCCACCAAAGACACGGCCACGGCCGCGGCCGCGGCUGCGGCCAGGGAGCCCGCCGACCGGGAGGCGCCCCGGCUGGAGCGCGGCCGCACCUACGUCGUCACGCGCCGCUGGGGAGGCUGCCCCAACGGCUGCAACCACUCGAACCCCUACAAGAAGCGGCACGACCUCGAGGCCCUGCGCCAAAAGGACAGCGAGCGCCGCGGCCGGCAUCGCCACAAGCAGCCGGUCGGCCCGAGCCUCGGCGGCGGCGAGAACGAUGACGAUGGUGACGACGACGACGAUAAUGACGACGACGACGAUAAUGACGACGACGACGAUAAUGACGACGACGACGAUAAUGACGACGACGACGAUAAUGACGGCGACAACGACAACGACGAGCGGCAGCCCUCCGGCCGCGUCAGACACCCCGAACCCCCCCUGCCGCGCAUGCGCAUGCACAUGCACGUCGGCCGCGACUUUGGCGGCUCGUACUCUGGCCACGCCUCGUCGGCCGCCGGCAGCGGCAGCGGCAGCGACAGCGACAGCGACAGCGACGCCUCGCGGGACGCACCCAGCUGCCUCGGCGCCUGCGCCAACCGCCUCGGCGACGCGCCCCCCCCCGCGGCGCGAGCGGCCUCCCCCGACGGCACGGAGGACGAGGACCUGGACCGGGCCGAGGAGCGGGACAGGAGCAUCCGCGGAAGCGUGUACUAG